GCGAAGCACGUGCGUAACGAACACAUUCACAAAAAGAAGAACUAUAAUAAAAACCUUUACCACAGAUUAAUAAUUAAAAAGUAAUUACUGAAAAAAUUACCUUUGCCUAUACUUAUUUAAAAAAACAAUAUCACCGACCAUUGCCACUAGUUGAUUAAAAAAAAAGUGUUUUGUGUGAACUCAGUGACUUUAGUGAAGAAAGUUUUUGGAUUUUUGUUAAUUAUUGAGACAAAGAAUGGGCUAGCGCUAUCUGAAAAUGAACGAAAGCCGCGAUCGAAUCCGUCGGGAGCGCGAGCGAGAGAAAAACACAUACACCUCUCCUCGUCACGCACUCCGUCGAGUGCUGCUAUUGGCUGAAGGUCGCCAGUUCCGCGAAGCAGCGGCUGUCGUAUCUCGACUGGGACCCGGAGUGCUGCAGAGCGUCGCUGCAGAGUUGCCGAUAGAUCUGCUGAUUGAGUCGUUGCCGCAUUCUUCGCACUUGAUUGAAACGCUUCUAAAUCGGCUUCUUACGCUGGAGAUACUGCCGCGGCCAGAGUUACAAUGCGAUGCUGUCGCAUGGAGGCUGGUUGGUUUGCUGGGUGGAGACCAAGGUGCCAACCUGAAGGGCAGAACCAGCAGGCUGUCCUCAGCACUAGUACAGUACUCGCCUGAUGCCAGAGAUGCUGUGGACAGCAGGAGAAGACAGCUUGAUGCUGCUGUUCAAGGUCUUGGCAGCCAUGGUCUGACAGCAGACGGAUCAGGAACCCUGAUAUCACUCCACGUCGCGAUGAAGAACGAGCUCCAGAGGCACGUGGAGGUGUACAAACAGGCGCUGCAUAAACUGGAUGAACUGUCAUCAGUAACCGUCAAUCAAGACCCAGCUUCAUCGUCACAUCAGCGCCUUCUAGCGUUGUCUCACGCAGACGUCGAACGUCGACUUAUCGAUAACAAGUCGCUCCUCACUAUCGUCGACAAGCCAGCGCUGCGGCAGCUCCCAACACUAGUCGCGUCCUUGGCCGCUAGGGUUGACAACGACAAGGCAGUACUUGCUUGUAUCGGGCAGAUCAAGAGGAGUGACCCUACGUUAGACUUGAGUGAUACAAGACCUGUAGCUGGUGUGUUGAUGAGCUAUUCGCGAGGAUGUGCCGCCGUGCUAUCUCAGAUGAACGAGCCUCAGCCCCCAGUGGAGACUCCAAGAUCACCAACAGACUCCGCUAGCGAUGGAUAUCAUUCAGACAGCGAUGAUUCUCACCAACAUCCUGACAGAGACAAGUUGGUAUCACAGUAUGCUGCAGUUUGGUCCCUGGCAGCCAAUGAAACAUUAGCAGCUCUUAGUACGCUGGAGGAACUACGUCACACCCCGCAUCUUAAAUACAAGAUUAUAUUCUCUGUGGUUGUGCUCUCAUUCCGAGCGGUGAUCAGUCUCCGAGACCGCCGCAUCAGCGAGGUGAAGACUCUGCUCGGCUGUGAGAAUGAGAACUCACCAGCCAUCACCAGUUUCGUUUCAUCAGCAAUGAGGCUGAUGAGGACAACGGCAGAUACAUUCCCGUUGGGUGAAGCUGAGAGGACCGUGAUAAAUCAGAUUACGAAAACGCUGAGUGAAUAUCGCAGCUUAUCCACUUGCGGAGCGUUACACGCCCUUGUUGCUUCAGCUUGCCGUGCGGCGUGGCCACUCUCACUUCACUCUCCGCCGCUGAGAAUCGACACAGACUUCACACCAGUGGUGAUGAACCCAGACAAACAUUCACGAUACAACGAGAGUAGCGACAGACGUUCAGAUCUCAUCAAAUCAUUUGUGUGGCCAGCGCUGAUGGAUGGCAAUAGGUGUGUCUUCAGAGCAGUGGUGCUGACCUGAUGCUGGUGGUGCUAAGAUGCUGUACUGAACAUGUAAACUAUAUUUUUCUGAACAAGAAUAUUAAGCCUUAUGAGUAAAUAAAGAAAAAAGCUGGUCAGAAUAAAAACAAGUCUUCUGCAGUUUUUAUGUGCUGAUCCAUUCAUUACAGAUUCAAUGUUGAUAGAUAGGUAACAUAUAAUAAUACGUUACAAGAGUUUUUCUUUGCUUGAUAUUAAGGCCGGACCGCAUUAGAGCGGCACUGCACAGCGCAGCACAAAGCGACGAAAUAUUAUUUCAAUCAUUCCGUAUAGUACAUGUGUCACUGGGGUGCUGCACUAUGCGUCGUGAUAGAGUUACCUCUGAGAGAAUAUUUUGACGCGCAGCGCCUCAAGAGGCGUGUCGCUUGAGUAUUGUUAUUUAUAGCGUCCUGUGUCCUUCUUCAUAUGUGAAACAAGCCUUGGAUUGUGAGCUAUCCAUUUCUUCUAUUUUUUUUCUUUUCCAUACAUCGUUCUUUCUCUGUGUACAUCAAAGAAAUUAUGACCAAAUUCACAUCACUAUCUGGUAUCGAAAUGGUAUAGAUAUGACGUGAGCUGCUGUUUACUGCAGUUUUAAUGCGAUUGGUACCGUCAAGCGACGCGAAGCUACGCGCCGCAAUGCGCUGCUCUAAUGUAGUCCGACCUUAAUCUAAGGAAAAUAUUAAUAAUCAUACUAUUUAAUUUACUCAUGUGAGUAGUGUCCUUGUUAUUAUUAUCUGUUUAUUUUGUAACAUUGUCUAAUGAAUAAUACUUUUUCAUUAGUUCCGCCACAUUCAAGAUUAAAUUUAAUAUCUAAUUUGCGAGGCUAUUCCUUGAACCCAAUAAUAUCACCAUUAAUAUAUUCCAUAGCUUGAGGUUUUAGGAUUUGUGCCUAGAUCAUUUAUACGUUUAUAUAGAUUAUGACAGCUGUGAAGACGUCUAAAAAAAUUUAAUGUAGAGUUACCCUCUAUUUUGAGCAAUGCAUGCACAAUUACCGUGUCAUACAAAUCGCGAGUGUAAGACUUAUCUCGUCACGCAAACUAAACUAAUAUUCCUGGCUUGUUUUUAUCGGUUGUCUAAUAGCAAUAGACUCUAUCUAGAUGUAUAAUUUAUCUAAGGGAUUGUGUUCUAAAUUAUUCUACAAAAGGAAUUUAAAACAAAAUUUAUGAACGAUGCGGGACUCGAACCCGCGAUCUUUCACAUUCCUUGCCAGCGCUCUUUCCACUGCGCCAAGUGUUCAAGUGACAUAUCGUUGAUAAAUCUUGUAUGUCUUGUUCAACUCUAAGGUUGUGGUUUCAUCCACAGUAUCUACAUUAUGGUUGGCUCAGUGGAAAGAGCGCUCUCACGGAACGCGAAAGGUUGCGGGUUCGAGUCCCGCAUCGUUUAUAAAUUUUGUUUUUAAAUUUUAUUUGUGUAUUUAAUCCCAGAAGUGAGGGUUAUCACUUUAAUGAACAACAAUUCGAAAAUAAAUUGACUUUAUUUUCUAUCAUAUGUAUCGACAUUAAGAAGUUAUAUAUACCUAUAUAAUGUAUUACAUAAAUUAAUCUAAAUUAUAUCAACUCAAUGCUCAAAACGUAAAACAAUGAAAUGGUAUGGUUUUCGCUAUAAACUUAGCCAUUCAUUUAACAUAAUAUUAUAUUUGUAAAGAUUAAUAAUUAUUGUAAAAUAUUUUUAAUAAUAUAAGUAUUAAAGUUUGUAUUGUCUUUAUAUUUAUUCUGAAAGUUAUUUAUUAAUAAAAAUGUAUUUCGUCAAAUAAAUAAAUGUAAGGAUA